CAGGUUGUACGUAAGCUGGAGGAGAAGGAGCACUUACUGCAGAGCAGCAUUGGAACAGGAGAGAAGGAGCUGGGUCUGCGAACACAGGCCCUGGAGAUGAACAAACGCAAGGCCAUGGAUGCAGCCCAGCUUGCAGAUGAUCUGAAGGCCCAGCUAGAGCUGGCUCAGAAGAAGUUACAUGAUUUCCAGGAGGAGAUUGUGGAAAACAGAGUAACUAGAGAGAAAGAGAUGUUCAACUUCAAAAGGGCUCAGGAAGAUAUUUCUAGGUUGCGCAGGAAGCUGGAGACCACAAAGAAGCCUGACAUGGUUCCCAACUGUGAUGAGAUCCUGAUGGAGGAAAUCAAGGAUUACAAG